AUGUUGGCAAUGCUGCUGAAGGCACUUAGCCUGGUGUGGAGGAAUGAAUCUCUACUUGGACUAAAAAAAAAGAAAUAUAAGGACAGUGUUUUGUGUAAAAAGGCAAGCAAACCUUUAAAGAAGUUCAAAGCUGCAGUAAUAGAGAUUGGAAGAACUGCAGAUAUGACAGCAAGAAGAAGAAGUAAAAAAAGGGAAACUCUAAGAGAUUUUUUUUCCAAAAAUCCAUCUAUUCUUGAAAUGGUGGAACAUGAAAGAAACAAGAGAGCUGAUGUUAGAAAAAUAGCAUUUCGAUGCCUGAUGGACCACUUGAAUCCUCUAAUAUUAGAUUAUGCUAAAAGAAAGAGGUUCCAUCAAAUAUUUCUUGAGGAGAUGCCCUGGAGAUCUCAAAUGAACCUCCAUCUGGCAAGUGCACACUUCAACCUGCUUUUACAAAAGCUGGGGGAGCAUUUGAAGAUGAAAUGUAGUGCUUCACAUUCGACGGUCAGUUUUCGAUCAUUGGAUCCUAAUAUAUUUUCACUACAUAACUCAGGAACAGUAUUACCAACAGCAAAAUUGACUGUAGAAAAUUAUAAAGCAAUGCUUGAUUUCCUUCUUACAGCUAAAAAAAGGAAGGCCAACUUACCAUCAGAUGCUGAAGAAUUUUCCACAUUUGUUAACUCCAGAACAAGCGAAGAAAAUAUGAAGACACAAACAUUUUAUGAAUCAGACUCUGAAUCAGGGCUUAGUGCUAAAGAAAAGGAUCAAGCAGCAAAUACGGGUCUAUUGGAUCAUUUUAUGAAAAUCUUUUUAUAUUGCAGGAGAGCAAUGGUUCUUGCUCAUCGUGGUGGCUACUGGACUCUGCUUCAGAAUUGCUGUCGGGCCUUCUGGAACUUUACUCAAGAGCUACAAAUACUUCUUAAACAGGCACUGGAUCUUUAUAAAACAUUUCCUAUUAGUCAGGAUGGUUUCCUUUGUACCUCUGUUUUACCAUUCUAUUUGGGAGCAGAAUUACUUAUUGACAUGUUAAUACAACUACAAAAUACCAAUUCUAUUAAGUCUAUUGAAGACAAAGGAGAGUUCAGUGUUCCAAGCUGUUAUGGGAAUAUUAAAAAUGAUAAUGGUGGUUCCAGCCUUACUUUUGAGCAUCCUUUGGAUGAUGUAAAUGUGGUUGAUUUAAAAUGGAUCCAUGACUUUGUAUUAAAAUCUCUGGAAGUUUUAUAUCAGGUGGAAAAAUGGGAAACACUAGUAUCGCUUGCCAUUCAGUUCAAUACAAUUUCACAUGAGAGGUAUACAGAACAAGUGACACCACUCCUGGUGUAUGCACAGCGCCAGCUUCUUCUGAGAAUACACAAGUUCAAGGGCCCAGACAUUGCUCAACAACCUUGUGUGAGGUAUGAGGCUGAAUAUGGAGAGAAGAUAACCUGUCGAAAUUUCAUUGGGAAACAGCUUAAGAUUAGUUCUUCAACCAAUGAAGUUGAUGCAGAAGACUGCCUAGAUUUCCUAAAAAUGCUUAUCUAUUCAGAAUACAGCAGAGCCAAAGAGCUCGUCUGCGUGCCCGUGGACGUGACCGACACUUUGAGGUGCUUUAGAGAGACCCUGGAAAAAUCCAAAUAUCAUAACAGAUCAGUCCGACACAGCAGAAAGCUGCUUUCAUUAUUUCUUGCACAGACGCAAGACGUUCUCCAAGCCAGCAAUCAAAGAAGUCUUAAAGUUCAAGCAUUGCACACUCUGGGAAGUCUUCUCGUCUUCGCGCAUAAGGAAAGGGCUGCUUUUAAGUGUUGGUGUCAAGCUCUUGAUGACAUAUUCAGAAAACCAGAUAUGCUCCAUACAUGGAAAGAGCUUGGCACCCCCCUCACCGACACCACCAACGGCUACUCACCUUCGGGUUCCAAAGACUACAGUGAGGAAUUUCUAUCAAAAGCUGGCAUUUGGGGGUGUUUGCAAGGAGCAGUCAUAUCAGCAAAGAUAGCACAAUUUAUUAAGAAAUUGAACGUUAGAAAGAGAACCAACUGCUGCAUUUUGUCUGCGUUACUCUUUCAGGGUUUGCUUAGAACCACACUUCCGCAUCCCAAAGCUGAAUGUUGCUAUGCUCAGUAUGAAAUCACUCAGCUUCUCCCAGGCAUUGACCUCUUCUCAGAUAGAUUCAGGGCUGACAUCUGUUCUGUAGUUGCAAGUCUGUACUAUGUUAUACGUGAACUGCACUUUGCGAAACAAAAUCUAAUAAUUCUUCCUCUCCUUGCAUUGUACCAAUAUUUUGUUUCUGGGAUUUGCCAAGACCUAGUCAGAAGUCUAGAAGCAAGAAUCCUCAAGAUAGAAGUCCUUAUAGAUUUGGGAUUCUUUUCUGAAGCCUUUUAUGAGAUGUCACAGAUUUUUUAUGGAAAAUACAUGCCUUGCUCAACACCCGCUGGCUGUAAAGCUGCUGGAAAAAUGAAGAUAUUUCAAUCAUUUGACUCAGGAAAACCUCUUAGCAGUAAAGAAAAUAUGCAGGCACUCGAGGAAUUAACAAGUAAAGGCUUCCCUCAAAUUCUGGUUACGAUUGGCCAACAGCAUCUCUUAAAUAAGUUUUAUUUCGUUAAAGCAUACUUUUUCAUAAGUGUGGCUGCCACAAUAAACUGUGUCCCAGAAAAUAUAUCUAAAACAUUCUGCCAAGGAGUUACUACUGAGAAGAACAAACCAAAUCUCCCAACCUUGGAAGAUCUAUGUUCAAGGGAUGAUGGAGGCUCCUUUCCUCAACUUACAAAAGUUAAAGAUGAGUUCGCUCUUAGCACACUAAAGUCAAUUUUACUGACGGAAGCUGAAGAGAAGCUGAACUGCCUUAUGACAGAGGUGGAGCUUGCUGGCCCCAAGAACCUGUCCCAGUGUUCUGCUGGCGAGUUGGAGGUUGUGGUGGAGGCCAGGCUUCAGCUGGCUGCAAUUGCUCUGCAGAGACACCGGGCGGCAUACAGUGCUGCAAUGGUAUUUUCAACACUGAAACUUCUCCAGGAUUCAGAACUUUUUAAAAAGAAAGUAGUGCAAGACGAAACAGAGAAUCCCAUCCCUCCAGGAACUUCUGCCACUGAAAAUGAAGAUGAUAAUGAGUUUUUAGAUCCUGUUUCCUUAAAUUCCCGAGAAUAUUUCAGCAUUCAUCUGUG